AUGAAAUACAAAUUAUCAUGGUUGAUCAUUAUCUUCAUAUGCUUUAAUCGCAUUUCAUCCAAAUGUAUAUGGUAUGAAGGUAUACGCGAUGGUUUCAAUCGAAUCUAUCGAGAUGGCGAACCAUUACCGUUAGCAUUAGAAGAUGUAAACCUUUUAAAUGAAAUGUGUCCACACAUUCCAACUCACGAAGGUGUUUCACCGAAAUUAUGCUGUGAUCGUAAGCAACUAGCUGAAAUACGAAAAUUUAAAUAUAUUGUUGAUAAUUUAAUUGGUCGAUGUCCAUCAUGUUAUUUUAACUUUUUACGUAUUUUCUGUGAAAUGUCCUGUAAUCCUGAGCAUGAUAAAUUUAUAUGGCCAUUAGAAUAUGCCAAUGUAACAAGACCUGACGAUGAAUCAACUUCUAUGAAAGAAAAUAAAGAUGACGGUAUAAGAUCAGAAUGGGCUCUAACUGAUUAUGUUGAUCCGGAAGAAGAAGAAGAAGAAGGGAAAGAAAACGGGACACCAAAAGUGACUAAAAAGCCUGUUGCACAAGUUGAAGUUAUUACUAAAAUACGAUAUUAUAUAUCAGAUCAACAAGCGAAUGAUUUUAUUAGCUCGUGCUGGAGUGUUCGUAUUAAUUUCCAAUAUGCUGUUGACGUUUUAUGUGGCUCAUUGAAUCGUGCAUGUGACGUUAAAAAAUUAUUUCAAUAUAUUGGUUUAAAAAAUACCCAAUCGCCAAUUAAAAUUGACUUUGUUUUUGUUAAUGGUACCUAUUAUGAUCCUGAAGUCAAACGAAAAUUUCAACCAUCGUCAGCGAAAAUGUUCGCUUGUGAUCAGCCAGUUAUAUUACCUCAUAUGUCAAGAGAAAAAUGCACAUGCAUGGAUUGUAAUGCAAUGUGUCCUAAAAUGAAUAAUACAAAGACAAAAGUUUCUAGUCAAAAGAAUAACACAUUAAUUGAAAAAAUCAAAUCAAAAAUCUACAAUUUUCACAUCGUAACGAUAGUUGCUAUUGGACUCUAUAUUUUAUUUGUUAUUAUGUUUAUGAUUUCGUAUGUAUUCAUUUGUAUAUGGAAUAUGAAAAGUGAUGAAAAAACUCCUCGUGGUGAAAAUAUGCAAACUGGUGAUUCAAUUGCAUACCAAGAAGAAGUGAACUUCAAAGCAGCUACUUCUAAAAGUAAAGAUGAAUCUGAUUCAGACGUGUCAUUCAAUGAUGAACGAAUUGGAUUUUUGGAUCGGCUAGGAGUGAAAAUCGAUGAUGGAUUACAUGAUAUAUUUAAAGCUAUCGGCUUAUUCUGUGCCUACCAUCCAAGAUAUACAAUUAUUCCUGUAACAGUUAUUCUAUUUGCUUUAUGUUUUGGUAGUCGUUAUUAUACAGUAACAACAGAUCCAGUUGAUCUUUGGGUUGCAUCAAAUUCUCGAGCACGUCAAGAAAAAGCUUACUUCGAUGAAAAAUUUGGCCCUUUUUAUCGUAUCGCACAUCUAAUUCUUGUACCUAAGAAUAAAAGUAAUAUCACUCUUCAAUACAAAACUCCAUUAGAAGCCGAAGAAAAACAUACAUUUGGACCUGUAUUUGAACGUAAUUUUCUAAUUGAUGCAUUACAAUUGCAAUUAUUUGUUGAAAAUUUUAAUGUGACUACAAAAUCUGGCCAAGUUAUUUAUUUAAAUGAUACAUGCUAUAAACCUCUCAGUCCUGACAAUAAUAAUUGUGCCAUAUUUUCAUUAUUUCAAUAUCAUCAAAACAAUUUAACAUUUCUCUUAAAAGAACCUUUAUAUCCAUCACAAUAUCUUGAAUGCAUUCAAUCACCAUUAACACAAAUAACAAGAUCAUUUCAUCGUACAUGUAUGGGUAAAUUUGGUGGUCCUAUCGAUCCAUAUAUGGUUCUCGGUGCUUUUCCAUCACAUGAUGAUGUGCCUGAUUAUGCUAAAGCUCAAGCUCUUAUUAUAACCAUUACGAUAAAUAAUCAACGGAAAAUUGAACGUACUGAAAAUAAACAACUAAAAAAUACUCUUCUAUGGGAGAAACAGUUUUUAGACUACAUGAAAACAUUUCGAUCAGAAUGGUUUGAUGUUAAAUAUCGUGCUGAACGAUCUAUUGAAGAUGAAAUCGAACGUGAAUCUAAAUCAGAUAUUAAAACAGUACUGAUAUCAUAUAUGAUUAUGUUUCUCUAUAUUGCUGUUGCUCUGGGUCGAAUAAGAAAUAUUCGACAUUUAUUUGUUGAUAUGAAAGUUUCAUUGGGUAUUGCAGGUGUCGCACUUGUUACGCUUAGUGUUUGGGCUAGCGUUGGCAUAUUUUCAUAUAUGAGAAUUCCAACAACAUUAAUUAUAUUUGAAGUUAUUCCAUUUCUUGUGCUAGCAGUUGGAGUUGAUAAUAUAUUCAUAUUAACUCAAUCAAUUCAACGCGAUGAACUUGAACCAGGUGAAGAAAUUGAAUCUCAAAUAGGCCGCAUUGUGGGCCGCGUAGGUCCAGCUAUGUUAUUAACAUCUGUAUCUGAAAGUAUUGCAUUCUUUCUCGGUGCAUUAACACCCAUGCCUGCUGUUCGACUAUUCAGUUUAUAUGCAGCAGUUUCUGUAUUAAUUGAUUUUUUGCUUCAAAUAACAAUAUUUGUUACUUUUAUAACACUUGAUCAUAAACGAGCCAUUGAAAAUCGUAUUGAUAUAUUCUGUUGUCUACAAGUUAAACGCGAUAAGACUGUUGAUCGUCGACGCCGUCGAUUCCGUUUCCCAAGUAUGAGUUGGUUCAAUCCAAUGACUACGAAAGCACGCACACCUGCUGACUUUGUAACUAGUGCCGAAAAUCCGUUUCUAACACCAUUAGCAACAACAAAAUCGGAUAGCUCGAAUAAAACACCAUUUCGUCAAUCAUCAAAAAUUGAACCAAGUGAAAAGCACUUAAUGGAAAUGGACGGCUUCUUAUUUACUGUUUUCAAGCGUUAUUAUGCUCCAGCAGUAAUGAAGCCUUAUGUACGGCCAACCGUUAUAUUUGUAUUUUUUACAUGGUUUGCAAUGAGUAUUGCUCUAUUGCCAUAUGUUAAAGUCGGUCUAGAACAAAAUAUAACAAUGGCCAAAGACUCCUAUAUGAUUGAUUAUUUUUCAGCAUUAAAAGAAUAUUUUGCUGUUGGACCACCCGUCUAUUUUGUUAUUAAACAAGGCAUUAAUUACAAUGAUCUACGUGCGAGCAAUCUCAUAUGUGCAAGUGCUGGAUGUUCAGCUCAGUCAAUGGCAAAUCAACUAGGCAUUGCUUCGUUACGUCCAUUGGAAACACGCAUAGCACAAAUAGGUACAACAUGGCUAGAUGAUUAUUAUGAUUGGUUACGUCAUCGAGGUUCGACUCCAUGUUGUCGUUUACAUAACACUACAGGAGAAUUUUGCUCAACAAAUGCGCCAUCUCAUGCAAACUGUUAUCCUUGUACACGUAGUACAUCACGCGAAACUAUAACAAACGAUGAAUUUAAAAAUCUUUUACCAUUCUUUCUAAAAGAUAAUCCGAAUUUCAAAUGUGCUAAAGGUGGCCAUGCUGCUCAUGGCAGUAGUGUAGCAAUAUCAUCCAAAGAUAAUGGUGUCGAAACAAGUUUAAUUAUGGGCUUUCAUAGCCUUUUAAUAAGUUCAAGUGAUUUUAUAGAAGCAAUGCAACAGGCAUACAUUUUAACAGACAAUAUAACACGAACAUUAAAAUCAGCUGGCUAUGAUGUUGAAGUGUUUCCAUAUAGCAUAUUUUAUGUAUUUUACGAACAGUAUUUGACAAUUUGGCAUGAUGUUCUUUUAAAUUUAUCAAUAUCGGGAGCAGCUAUUUUUGUGGCUACAUUUAUUCUGCUUGGUUUUGAUAUAAUAUCAGCAUUUAUUAUAACAUUAACUAUUGCUAUGAUUACUUGUGAUAUGAUCGCCAUGAUGUAUGUUUGGAAUAUUGAAAUGAAUGCUAUCUCACUAGUGAAUCUCGUUAUGUCAGUUGGAAUAUCACUUGAAUUUUGUGCUCAUAUAUGUCGAGAUUUUAUCUUAUCAGCAACAGGAUCAAGAUUGAAACGAGCAGAAAAAGCACUUGCCCAUAUGGGCAGUUCAGUCUUUAGCGGUAUAACUUUAACUAAAAUUGGCGGUAUUGUAGUGCUUGGCUUUUCACACUCACAACUUUUUCACAUAUUUUAUUUUCGAAUGUUUAUAUGCAUUGUUUCAUUCGGUGCUGCUCAUGGCUUAAUAUUUUUGCCUGUGUUACUCAGUUACAUUGGUUCGAGUCCAAAUCAUGCGCGCAAAAUGCGUCUGCAUCAUCCCGAGUCAACAGAAAAAUCACGUGAAAAUCCAAUGCCAAUGACAUCAAGUGAAAUAUGCUAA